ACUUUGCCAAAAAAUUUUACGUCAAAAUAAAAAAUUUGUUUACAAAAAUUUUAUCGUGACUUUAUUAAAUUUAUUUAUUUUUAACAAAUAAAAUUAAGUUAUUUAACAUUCCUCCAAAAAUUCUAAAUGUUGUCUCUUGUUGCCGACUACAGCUCAGAUAGUGAUGAAAGCACAGAAGAAACUAUUUCUCCACAAUCAACAGAACCUGCAGAAAAACCAAAACUUCCAAGUGCCAAUUUACUAUUUGAAAGUUCUGCUGGUGGUAAACCUGGAGAAGUCUUUAGCAAUCCAUAUAAACAAGCUGAACAAGCUAAAAUCGCACUCUUAGAACGACAUGUUAAAAUGGUCAACUCAGACGAGCAUUUAAAGAUGAAGAAUGGCAAGAAAAUCUGUUGGAAUUAUCGCAAAGGUAGAUGCAGGUUUGGUAGUAAUUGUUCCUUUGCUCAUGACUCUGAUUUAAAUGAGAGUCCAACUUUGGGUGGUGAAAAUAACAAAGAGGCUAUAAAAGAUGCAGGAGGGAAACAGGAUAAAACCUUGCCAGCAGCUACAAAAAUACCACAACGCCUCUACGGAGGCAUUCAACCCAUAAACGAAAGCUUUAACACUCCCCCCGAAGAGUCAACGACAACAAUUUCCGCCAAGAAACGUAAUCGUCCUGGUCUCUCAGAGACUGUUGUGCCAAGCAAGCGAGUUCUGAAAGCAUAUUCUCAUCAGAAACAGAACUCUGUCAAUUAUAGCCAAAGAAAACUCACCUAAUGCAUCCCAAUGUCACCCACACGAACUGUACACUCGGAUCCAGUUGAAGUGAAACAACUCUUUGCCACCCUGACGAUGCGUUGGUUCUUGUCAAUUGCUUCAGCCGAUGUCCGAGCUUGUUCGGCAGUUCGAUUCGUGGUAGACACCUCAUUUAGCAUAGCUUCGUAGAAUGGAUCUUCAAUAGUAAAGCGUAUUGUGGGCACAGCAUCCCAGCACUUGCCCAGCGAUGGCUUCGUUAAUGAAUGCAGUGGCUGUUCAAGUUGCCUUUGAUGCUGUUGCAGCUGAUUUCCGGCCAAGUCGAGUCUAUCUUCCAUGUCCACUAGUUCAUUGUCAUUAUUUUUUGAUACAAGUUUAAGAGAAUUGCAAUAAAAUAAAAAAAAGAUGAAUUUAGUUUUAGAAGCAAAUAAGGAAUAAA